CUCAGCGUAAUUUGUUUGAGCAGCAUCUUACUUUGGAAACAAUCUUGAUGACUCAGUGACAAGAGUGGUCCAGCGGUGAUCUGGUCUUCAGCUCUGACUAGCAGCCACGGUUCUGACAUGUCAACAUAAGCAGUGUUUCUCCUGGAGUCAUGUGAUUCGGCCGGGCUGACAUGAAUUCCUCGUGUGCCCAUCGCCCGGCAGAAAUGUCGCAGCUCAGGAACCAGAGCGUGGCGGGAUUCACCGGUGCCAAUGGCUCACAUGCCAAUGGACCCUCCACUGGUUGCUAUGAACAACUGUGGAUCUCGACGAGUGUCUUCAUCAUGCUGGGACUUGUCAGCCUAUUGGCAAAUAUUUUAGUCAUCACUGCGAUUGUCAAAAACAAGAACCUUCACUCGCCUAUGUACUUCUUCAUCUGCAGCUUAGCAGUGGCCGACAUGCUGGUCAGUUUAUCCAAUGCCUGGGAGACCAUCUUCAUUGCCAUGCUGAAAAGCCGACAUUUACUGGCUCAGGACAACAUGAUAAAGAACAUGGACAACGUGUUUGACUCAAUGAUCUGUAGCUCCCUCCUUGCCUCCAUUUGCAGCUUGUUGGCCAUCGCCAUUGACAGGUAUAUCACCAUCUUCUAUGCCCUGCGCUACCAUAACAUCAUGACAGUAAGGCGGGCUUUGAUAAUCAUCGCUGGUAUCUGGGGAGCUUGUAUCGGCUCUGGAAUCCUCUUCAUUAUCUAUUCGGAGAGCACCACUGUGGUCAUCUGCCUCAUCGCCAUGUUCUUUGCCAUGCUCGCCAUCAUGGCCUCGCUCUAUGUCCACAUGUUCAUGAUGGCCCGCUUGCAUGUCAAACGCAUCGCAGCUUUGCCUGGCAGUGGCACCAUCCACCAGUCAGCCAACAUGAAAGGAGCAAUCACCCUGACCAUUCUGCUGGGGAGUUUUAUUGUCUGCUGGGCUCCGUUCUUCCUGCACCUCAUCCUCAUGAUUUCCUGCCCCCGAAACCCUUACUGCAUCUGCUUCAUGUCGCACUUCAACAUGUACCUAAUCCUCAUCAUGUGCAACUCAGUCAUCGAUCCCCUCAUCUAUGCUUUCCGUAGUCAGGAGAUGCGGAAGACCUUCAAAGAAAUAAUUUGCUGUCUGCGGGGAAAUUGCGAUCUGACAAAUUAAUAUUAAUACAAUUAGAGGGAAAUCAAAUGAACCACCACGGGGCUUUUUAUUAUGCCAAGAAUUUUCCUUGGAUGAGGAAAGAAAUACCUUGUUCUCGGAAUGUGAUGUUUUCCACAUGCUGCGUAAUAUUAUCUUUUACCGGCAUCAACUUUUCUGUUUUUUUCCCUUUUUAAAAGCAUUCAUUUCUUGCUAGAGGAAUGUUUGCAUGGCACCCAUUCAUCUUCUAGUGCUCAUUCAAAUGAAAAUUCACCAGAGAUGAGUCUCAACAGUGAGUAUUGCCCGAAAAUAUGGUCAUGAAAUGGUUGUGGGAUGGGAAUAGAAUUCCCCAAUUUGCAUCAAUGUGGAAUUCAAUUCCCUAGUACUGGAAACUUUUGGUUGAUAACUAGGAAGGAAACACAAAAGCCUGAUUUUUAUUUAUUUCCAAUCUCAGACACUAAUAUUCAUAUUAGCAUGCAACAACCUUCUAUCUGUGUAUGCCUAACUGCGUGGCAUUUAUCAUUAUCGGACAUACCAUAGAAUCCUGUCAGGAGCUGACAUUUUGAUGUAGUUAUCCUACUUAAUCACAAUCUCUAUCUUUACCAUAAUAACCUUAGUAAAUAGUCCAGCAUGUCCAAUUAACAUAUGUGAAUUCCCUAUUAAGGUUCAGCCUUCAUCUUAAGUGUAAAACAACAUUCUUCAUUUUCAUUUCCCUCCCAAAUUAUUUUAAAUCUACAGACAAUUCUACAAGCUCUGAGUCAAGAGGGAGAUCCAGACUACUUGUCUUUAAGAAUAAACUGAUCUUCUACGCAGACCUUUACCCUACCCCUCCACCCCUUACUUGUUAAUCUUUCAGUGGUACUCAUUCAAAUGGAAAUUCAUCAGAGAUGAGUUUUAGCAGUGACUCCAAUAUAAAUUUGGAUCAGAAAGAUGAUAUUUUGAAAGCAUUUAUGUGUGUGAUCAUGCCUCUUCAAACUGUUACCUAAUAAACAAAAAUGCAAUGGGACGUGAUGUUUUGAUGCUAUCUAUGAUUGCUGUGCAAUAGCAAUCUUAAAAAAAAACAUCCUUGAUAAUUGCAUUGUCGUAUUCCUUCAUUUAUUAUAUGAAAUAUCUGUAUUCACCACCUUUGAAGAAUUGAUGUGCUUGAUAAAAAGCUUCUUACUGUUUAGUUCAGUCUGCCACCUAAUAUGAGCCAUCACUCCCCUGAUUUUAUUUUAAUUACCCUUUAAAAUUGCCUUUGCAAUUUUGCAACAUUAUACAUCACAUAUAUUACAGCGUGAUGCUUAUCAAUUACCGAGCACAAGUCAAAACUGAAAUCAUAUGCCCUGACUGAUAUUAUAUUAUCUGAUGAAAUUAUAUGCCCUCAGUGAUUCAUUUUUCAGAACCAAACAUCAAUUCAACAAUUUGAACAUUGCUGAAUUCAGAGAGCAUUAUUUAAACCAUGGGGAGUUUGGUAGAAGAUUUCUGAAACAAAAAAUCUUUGUUAUUAAGUAUAUCGUUGUCAAAUAUUCAUCAUUACAAAUGUAUCAAGAAUUGAAAUUACAAAUGUAUCAAGAAUGUCAUUAAACGAAAGGAUUUUUGUAACACAGAAAUACUUCUUCACAAGAGGAAAAAUAUUACUAAUGAGUCACUCCUGGCUGAUGUUUCUGUCUGUGGUCAGUGAAGGUCCUCAAAUUAACUCUUUAGCACAAUCCCCUAUUAACGAGUCUGCUUCUCAUUUUAUGGUCAGAGACCUGCUUCACAAAUCUAAUUUCAGUUACUCAAGCACAGAAAUGAAAGCUGACAGAUUUGCUGUCAGACCCGCUGAGUUACUCCAGCUUUUUAGAUAUGCCAUUUAUUGUCACUAUACAUGUACAAUGAGAUUAAAAGCAGCUCGUACUCAGUGCAUACAUAUAAUU